GAGGAUUUAGAUGGCUUGACAUAAACAACUUGCCCGAUAUACGGUUUAUUUCACCAACUGCAAAACAAGGCAGUGCUUGGGAAGUAAAAUUAAGAUAUCCGGAAAAUCUUCACCCAACAUAUAGUGACUAUCCGCUCUGCCCAGAAUGUCAGUCUUAUGCAUUGGAAACUGAAGAUGAGUAUAAAAAUAUACAAAAGGCAAAAGGUCUCAAAAAAUCUCUUGUCAAAAAAGAACUAACUAUUGAUAUUUAUGAGCGUUGUAUUUUAGAAGGUGUGGAGGAUGAACCCCGAACUGCAAACUUCUUAUGGAUAUUAAAUGACCAAGUAACAACAUGGGCAAUUGGGGAUUGUCGAAUUCCGGCUUAUCUAUCUGCAUUGGAGCAAUAUGAAAAUAAUAUUCCUCAAGAAAUAUUGAUGGAUUUGG